AUGCUCUCCGCUGGGGAACGACCUCAGCCACCGGUCGCACCUGCUCUUGUAAAUUCGCCGUCCCUACCUGUGACCAAGGCGCACAUCAUGCCCGAUCUGAAGCCCAACGGCACCUCAACACAUGCCGCAAUGCGCCCUCAAAACACCAAUCAGUUGUCCCCAGUGCAGCAUAUCUGGGUAGUGACCGGUCCCGCAGGUUGUGGCAAAAGUACUGUGGGCCAAGCCAUCCGUAAGGAGCUCAACCUACCUUUCCUAGAAGGCGACGAUUUCCACCCCAAAUCCAACAAAGACAAAAUGGGCCACGGCAUUCCCCUCACAGACGCAGACCGCUGGGACUGGCUCAUCUCCUUGCGCCAAGCAGCCAUCAAUGCCCUCUCGCCUUCCGAAGCCAACAACUUCCAACCACCCGCCGGUGUGGUCGUCGCCUGCUCCGCCUUGAAGCAGAAAUACCGCGAUGUGAUGCGUGUCGCCGCGUACGGCUCGCCUUCCGUACAUAUCCACUUUAUCUACCUCAAGCUUACUGAGGCUGUUCUUAUGCAGCGUGUCACCCAACGCAAGUCGCACUACAUGAAGAGCGACAUGGUUCAUUCGCAGUUGGCUGCUCUGGAAGAGCCGCAGGGCGAGUGGGAUGCUAUUACGAUUAAUGUGGAGGGUUCGCCAGAGCAGGUGCAGCACAAUGUGCUGGGGGCUGUUACUGAGAAGCUCAAGGAGUAUUCGUGA